GAAGAGGUUAAAUUGAAGAAAAAUAUUGGACUAUUAAGUGGCAUUUCUGUUAUUGUUGGAACUAUUAUAGGUUCUGGUAUUUUUCUGUCACCUAAAGGUGUCGUGGCCCAUACUGGUUCUGUAGCAUUAGGAUUAAUUGUAUGGGUGGCAGCAGGACUAAUUGCAAUGAUGGGUGGAUUGUGCUAUGCUGAACUGGGAACACUGCUACCACAAUCUGGUGGUGAAUAUGUUUAUAUCAAAGAGGCCAUGGGAGUUAUUCCAGCUUUUCUUUUCGCAUGGACAGCUAUCAUCGUAAGCAAAACGUCACAAAUGGCUAUAAUAGUUUUAACGUUUGCAGCUUAUGCAAUUACCCUUUUCGAUAUGUGUGGUGUACCUGCACUACCUCAAAAAUUAAUAGCAGCUAUCGGAAUGCUAUCUGUUGGAAUAAUAAACAGUUUCAGCACUAAGUUAGCAACUAGAGUUCAGAUAGUAUUUACUGUGGCCAAACUUUCUGCACUUAUUAUCAUCAUUAUUGGAGGUUUUGUCAGAAUAGCUGAAGGAAAAACAGACAAUUUAUCAUCUGGAUUUGAAGGCACUACAAACUCUCCUUCGUCAAUAGCUCUUUCCAUCUAUCAUGCUAUGUGGGCUUACGAGGGGUGGAAUAAUCUGAAUUACGUCACAGAGGAAUUAAAAGACCCAGCAAAGAACUUACCAAGGUCCAAUUUGAUAGGCAUGGUAAUAGUAAUAAUAGUUUAUAGUUUAGCAAAUAUGUCAUAUUUAACUGUUAUGACCAUUGAUGAGCUCCUAGAUUCUCCUGCCGUUGCUGUAACAUGGGCUGAACGUGUACUAGGACCAGCUCAGAUAAUAAUUCCUUUAUCUGUCAUGAUAUCUGCAAUCGGAGCUGUCAAUGGCUUAGCCUUUUCGGGAACAAGGGUUGUGUUUGCUGCAGGGAGAGAUGGGGUUAUUCCAGAAGUAUUAUCCUAUAUUCAUAUCAAAAACUAUACUCCGAUGCCUUCCAUGAUCUUUACGAUAUUCGUUACUUUAAUAUUUGUUUUUGUUGGUGAUAUAAGUGGUUUGAUAGAUCUAUUUUCUUUUGCUGUGUGGAUGUUUUAUUUUUUAACAUUUGUUAGUUUAUUGAUAUUAAGGUAUACAAAGAGAAACACACCAAGAACAUAUAAGGUUCCAAUUGCAAUUCCUAUUGCUCUGGUGUUAAUCGCAGGGUUUCUUUUAAUAGCCCCCAUCAUAGAACAUCCACGCAUUGAGUUCCUGUAUGCAUUCGUUUUUGUUAUUGGUGGCCUCAUAUUUUAUAUUCCACUCGUCCAUUUUAAUUUAAAGCUGAAAUUUAUGGAUUCUCUUACCAUGUACCUUCAGUUGCUUUUAGAAGUAGUACCAAGUACAAAGUGA